CCCCUACUACAAAGAAAGGCAUCUCUAAGGUCACUUCUUGAAACAUUUCCUGCCCCAAUUGUCCACCAAACCUUUCAAUCAAUCCUUCACCAAAACUCAAAUCAAAAUUCAGCUUAUGGAGCAAAUCUUGUCUGCUGCUUUCUUCGCUUCAAUAGUCACUGCAAUUUGGUUUCUUGAAUCAACUCUACUAUUUCAAGGAGUUGAAGCUACUCUUGGAGUCAACUAUGGUACACUGGCAAACAACCUUCCUCCACCAGCAAAAGUUGCAGAUUUUCUUGUACAAUCCACCAUUAUCAACCGGGUUAAGCUUUUCGACACUAAUACUGAAAUCUUACAAGCCUUUGCACAUACUGGGAUUGCAGUUACAGUUACUGUCCCUGAUGAUCAAAUUCCCCAUCUUACGAAGCUAAAUUUUUCUCAAGAAUGGCUAAAAUCCAAUAUCCAACCUUACAUACCAGCUACUAAUAUUAUCCGAAUUUUAGUAGGCAAUGAAGUCUUAUCAACUGCUAAUAAAUUGCUCAUAGCCAGCCUUGUUCCUGCUAUGCAAACUCUGCAUACAGCUUUAGUUUCAAUGUCGUUAGACAGUAAAAUUAAAAUCUCUACUCCUCAUUCUUUAGGCAUUCUUUCAACUUCAAGCCCUCCGUCCACCGGAAAAUUCCGUCAAGGUUAUGAUAUUCAUGUGCUUAGACCUUUACUUAAUUUCUUGAGAGAAACAAAUUCACCUUUUAUGAUAAACCCAUAUCCAUUUUUCGGUUGCUCAGCCGAAACCCUUGAUUAUGCCUUGUUUAGACCUAAUAGUGGUGUCGUUGAUCAAAACACUAAACUCCUUUAUACAAAUAUGUUAGAUGGUCAACUUGAUGCAGUCUAUUCAGCUAUGAAACUUCUUGGUUUCACUGACAUUGAUAUAGUUAUAGCUGAAACUGGCUGGCCGUCAAAUGGAGAUUCAUCACAAGUUGGUGUAAAUGCAGAAAGUGCAGCUCAAUAUAAUGGCAAUCUUAUCCAACAUGUAAUGUCUGGUUCAGGCACUCCUCUUAUGCCCAACCGUACGUUUGAGACUUACAUUUUUGCUCUCUUUAAUGAAAAUCUCAAGCCAGGACCUGCAUGCGAGCGAAAUUUCGGACUGUUCGAGGCUGAUAUGACUCCAGUUUACAAUAUCGGAAUCCUCCGGUCCACGGCUAGUUCAUCGAUUCCAAGGCACCGGAGUCCGGUGCCAGUGGCUGCACCUAGGAGUUCAGCGCCUGCCGGGCCACCAGGGAAACGGUGGUGCCUUCCUAAAACAGGAGCAGAUGUGGAGGCUCUGCAGAGAAAUAUUGAUUAUGUGUGUGGUAUGGGAGUGGACUGUGGACCUAUUAAAAGCGGGGGUGAGUGCUUUAUGCCUAACACAGUUAGGGCACAUGCUGCUUUUGCUAUGAAUGCUUACUAUCAAGCCAUGGGAAAGAAUGAUUAUGAUUGUGAUUUUGAACAAACUGGGGCUAUUAGCAGCUUGGAUCCAAGUUAUGGAAAUUGCAAGUACUAAUGCUGGUGCAAUGGAGUCCCAGGGAGAAGAAUUUUGGCAGCAAAAGCUUUUCUUCUUUCCCUCCCAACUCUUCUUUUAGGGGAUAAAUAGAAUAAGGACUAAUUAUGAAAAUUUACAAUGCGUUUAUAUUUGCUAUCAUAGCCAAUACCCAAAUGCUUAUAGAAAAUAUAGAUAGAUAAAAGAAAAGUUAGAUUCAUUAGAAUGUUUAUCAAUGUUAUUGCAAUAUAAGAUAUAAAAAUUCUUUUUUUGUUUUA